AUGGGUAGCAGUCUGGAGGGCGCGGAGGCAACAUCAACAUAUCGGGCAUACGGAGGCGAUAUCCAGCCAUAUCCAGAGCCUAAUAAUGUUGCUAUAGAAAAUCAUCAUCAACAACAACAAAAACAACUUCAUCAUCAGCAAUCACAUCUCGACAAAUCUUUACGUAGCAACAGCAACAAUUUCUCUUUACAACUACAACUACAACAAACUCAAGGACAGCAAAAACCUUUAGCGACUCCUCAUCUGGACUCUCUCAAAAAUACUGACUUUCUAACCUCCAAUACAAAAGCCUCAAUCACGGCGACUACAGCGGCAAGACGUUACUCCAGGUUUGAGAAUACAGAGGCGUUGGAACGACGGGUAAGUUCAGCAAGCAGUGGCAGUGGCGGUGGUGGUGGCGGCUCUAGAUCAUUAGCAGCUUCAGCUCUUGCUGAUAUUAUAACAGCGGAUGUAGCUGGCUCUCCGCAACAGCAGCAACAACAGCACACAUUCGGUACAAGAACGUACGCAGACGGCAGGAUAAAACGUGCCAGCAUUUAUGGCUCCGAUAUCUCAGGCAAACUAACGGCAAUUGGUGGUGCUGGUCCUAGUCGAGAUAAUACUGGCAGUUUAGUUAAACGUCAUAGUGGCAGUUUUACAGGCGCAUUUGAUUUAACAUCGAAUCGUGGCCAAACAGGUGCUGUGAAUGGCUUUGACAGUGGGAAACAUUGGGAUGGUGAUAGCUUACAACAGCAGCAACAACAACAACAACAUCAACAGCAGUAUACAACAGAUGCAACACAGGGUAUUGGUGGCUCAUCAUCAUACAGCACAAGUGCAAGUAGUACAAAUUCACCUAUGAGACAGCGUCUCCCCUCACAGUCGGGUCUCAGCGAUUUGAGUGGCAAUACACCAGGCAUCUUUGUUGGCGGCCUAGGUGGCAGUAAUAUUUACAGCAAUAACAUACAAACACCCAGUACAUUUAAUAUUCCAACUGGUGUAAGUGCUGGUGGUGCUACUGGAGGAGCUGGUGUUAGCAGUAGUAGUAGUGGUGUUGCUGGUGGAGGCAGCGCAGUGGCUAUUGGAAAUAGUAGCGUUGUUGCAGCAGGUCUUACUAGUGGUGGUAGCAGUAGUGGCGGUGGCACUGCAGGCAGUGUUGGGUAG